AUGUCCCAACCGACCAUCCUCCUCGUCGGCACCCUCGACUCCAAAUCCCCCGAAUUGCACUAUACGCGACGACAGAUCGAGCGUCUAAACGCCUGCAACGUGCUCAUCCUCGACGUCGGACGUGCCCAGCCCAACACCCACGAUACCCAUGCCUCUAGCAACAAUCCAAACACAUCCACCACCACCUCCCAAAUCCUCACCCCCGCAACCACUUCCCCGCUCACCAACCUCCCCCGCGCCGAAUACAUAACGACCAUCAGCCACGCCGCCAUCGCCAAAACAACCGAGCUGUACCGCGCCGGCCAGAUCCACGGGAUCAUCGGCAUCGGUGGAUCAUGCGGCACAAACAUCGCGACGUCGGUCAUGCGGGAGUCGCUGCCGGUCGGGUUCCCGAAGCUGAUGGUCUCGACGAUGGCGAGCGGCGACGUGCGCCGGUUCGUCGAGGGCACGGAUAUCUCGAUGAUGUAUAGCGUGGUGGAUAUCGCGGGGACAAAUACGAUUUUGAAUCGGAUAUUGAGGAAUGCGGCAGCAGCAAUUAGUGGGAUGGUGGCGGGGAGUUGGGCAAUUGCGGAUGAAGAGGAUGAGGAGACCGGGAAGAAAAAGAGUAAGGUAAAGGUGGGAAUCACCAUGUUCGGAGUGACUACACCUUGUGUGGAUCAAGUGCGUGAGUAUCUGGAAUCAGCCGAGCAGCAAUCCCAGUACGAAGUCUAUGUCUUCCAUGCCACCGGGGCAGGAGGUAAGGCGAUGGAGCGGUUAGUGAAAGACAAGCAAUUGGAUGCGGUCAUCGAUAUGACAACGACCGAGGUGGUCGAUGAACUGGUCGGCGGCGUGCUCAGCGCCGGGCCCAGUCGGCUGGAGGCUGCAGCCGAGGCGGGCAUUCCGCAGCUGGUGAGCGUGGGAGCCUGCGACAUGGUGAACUUUGGGCCCCGCGAGGAGCUACCGACCAAGUUUGCCGAUCGGCGGAUCUACGAACAUAAUCCGACGGUGACCAUCGUGCGGACGACGGUCGAGGAAAACCAUCGCGUGGCGCGGUGGAUCGCCGACAAGUUGAAGCGCGCGAAGCGGCCGGACCGCGUGCGGGUUUUGCUGCCGACGGGCGGCGUCAGUUUGCUGGACACGCCGGAUCAACUCUUCCAUGAUCCGGCGGCCGACGAGAUGCUGUUCUCGACGCUGGAGUCCGAGCUGCAGGGUACCGGCAUUGCCGUCGUGCGGGAUGCGCGCGCCAUCAACGAUGAGGACUUUGCCGUCACGGCCGCCCAGUCCUUCGUCCAGCUCAUCGCCGACACACUCCAGCAGGCGUAG